AGCAUUUUUAUCAUCGUCGACGUCGAGAAGCAUCACCGCCUAGAACCUUCUCUCUUUCUCUAUAAAAAAAAAAUUAAACUUUUCGUACCUUUCAAAAACCCUAAACCCUUCCAUAAUCCGACUAAGACGUGUAUUCAUUCAUCGUAAGUGAUCUUAUCGCAUCGUGACCUUCAAAAACCAUGGCUACUGCUGCUCUCCUCCGCUCGAUUCGACGCCGCGAAGUCGCUUCCACUCCUUUCUCAGCUUUCAAAUGCCUUUCAACCAGCGGGAAAACAUCAUCGAACGGCUCUUAUCUUGGUCAGAACUGGAGAAGCUUUUCAAGAGCAUUUCGCUCGAAGCCUGCUGGAAAUGACGUCAUCGGUAUCGACUUGGGUACAACUAACUCCUGUGUUGCAGUCAUGGAGGGGAAGAAUCCGAAAGUCAUUGAGAACGCUGAAGGUGCUCGAACCACACCAUCAGUUGUAGCUUUCAACCCGAAAGGAGAGCUUCUCGUUGGCACACCAGCCAAGCGCCAAGCUGUGACCAACCCGACGAACACACUCUUCGGAACCAAACGUUUGAUCGGGAGGAAGUUCGACGACCCGCAGACGCAGAAGGAGAUGAAGAUGGUGCCUUACAAGAUCGUGCGUGCGCCUAACGGCGACGCGUGGGUUGAAGCCAACGGUCAGCAGUAUUCUCCUAGUCAGGUUGGAGCGUUUGUGUUGACGAAGAUGAAAGAGACGGCUGAGGCUUACUUGGGGAAGUCUGUUAAGAAAGCUGUUGUAACGGUUCCGGCUUAUUUCAAUGAUGCUCAGAGGCAGGCUACUAAAGAUGCUGGUAGGAUCGCUGGUUUGGAUGUGGAGAGGAUUAUUAAUGAACCGACGGCUGCUGCGCUUUCGUAUGGUAUGACUAAUAAGGAGGGUUUGAUUGCUGUGUUUGAUCUUGGUGGUGGGACGUUUGAUGUCUCUGUUUUGGAGAUUUCUAAUGGUGUUUUCGAGGUGAAAGCCACCAAUGGUGAUACCUUCUUGGGAGGAGAGGAUUUUGAUAAUGCUUUGCUAGACUUCUUGGUGAAUGAGUUCAAGACCAGUGAGGGAAUAGACCUGGCAAAGGACAGACUUGCUCUGCAGAGGCUUCGAGAAGCUGCUGAGAAGGCGAAGAUUGAACUGUCAUCAACUUCUCAAACUGAGAUUAAUCUGCCGUUUAUCACAGCUGAUGCAUCUGGAGCGAAGCAUUUUAACAUCACCCUGACAAGGUCGAGGUUUGAGACUCUGGUGAAUCACUUGAUUGAGAGGACCCGUGAUCCUUGCAAGAACUGCCUCAAGGAUGCUGGUAUAAGUGCUAAGGAGGUUGAUGAGGUUCUUCUUGUUGGAGGAAUGACUCGUGUCCCCAAGGUGCAAAAUGUGGUUGCGGAGAUCUUUGGGAAGACUCCUAGUAAAGGUGUCAACCCUGAUGAGGCUGUUGCUAUGGGAGCUGCGCUUCAAGGUGGUAUCCUUCGUGGUGACGUCAAAGAGUUGCUGCUUCUAGAUGUCACACCUCUGUCGCUCGGUAUUGAAACACUUGGUGGUGUCUUUACAAGAUUGAUUGGCCGAAACACAACCAUCCCCACGAAGAAGAGUCAGGUGUUCUCAACUGCAGCAGACAAUCAGACGCAAGUCGGGAUUAGAGUGCUUCAAGGUGAGCGUGAAAUGGCAUCAGACAACAAGCUGUUGGGAGAAUUCGAUCUAGUGGGCAUUCCACCAUCACCAAGAGGCAUCCCUCAGAUCGAAGUAACAUUCGACAUCGAUGCAAAUGGCAUUGUCACAGUUUCUGCCAAGGACAAGACGACUGGUAAAGAGCAACAGAUCACUAUCCGAUCAUCUGGUGGGCUGUCAGAGGACGAUAUCCAGAAGAUGGUGAGAGACGCAGAGUUGCAUGCUCAGAAAGACAAAGAAAGAAAAGAUUUGAUCGACACCAAGAACACAGCGGACACAACAAUUUACAGCAUAGAGAAGAGCCUGGGUGAGUACAGAGAGAAGAUCCCGAGUGAAGUGGCCAAGGAGAUUGAAGAUGCUGUGGCGGAUCUGAGGAGCGCUUCGUCUGGAGAGGAUGUCAAUGAGAUUAAGGCUAAGAUCGAUGCAGCGAACAAAGCUGUUUCAAAGAUCGGAGAGCACAUGUCUGGUGGUGGAGGUUCUGCACCAGGAGGAGGAUCGGGAACUCAGGGAGGCAGCGAACAAACUCCAGAGGCAGACUACGAGGAAGUGAAGAAGUGAAGAGUGUGCGUUAUUUCUUGUCAGUUGGGUUGUUAAGAAGUUAAGUUAGACCAUGGUUGGGCUCCUAUGUCCAAGGAACUUGUCAUAAAAAAACAGCGAGCAGUGCGUCUGUUCCUGUAAUAAGUUUUUUUUUUGUAGGGAACAAAACUUAAUGCUCCUCUCUGUGUUAUUAAGAGUAGGGGUGGGCAUUUUAUCCGUGAAAUUUGAUUCGAUUCGUUA